GAAACAAUGUUGUCACUAUUUCUAUUUCUUUGUCUUAGUCUUCCUUUGUUUUUCUCAUUCUUCCUCAGAUACCUCAAAACUUUGAAUAACCCAUCACUCCCACCAGGUCCCAGAGGCCUUCCCAUAAUAGGGAACCUUUAUCAGCUCAAUAAUUCUUCUCUUUAUCUUCAGCUAUGGCAACUCUCAAAAAAAUAUGGACCAAUAUUUUCCCUUAAAUUAGGUUUAAGAUCAGCCAUUGUUGUUUCCUCUCCUAAACUUGCCAAAGAGGUAAUGAAAGAUCAUGACCUUGAGUUUUGUGGGAGACCUAGAUUACUUGGCCAACAGAAAUUGUCUUAUAAUGGAACUGACAUUGUAUUUUGCCCAUACAAUAGUAACUGGAGAGAAAUCAGAAAACUUUGUGUUGUUCAUAUCCUUAGCUCCAUUCGUGUCUCUAACUUUUCCUCAAUAAGACACUUUGAGGUCAAGCAAAUGAUUAGAAAAAUAUCAAUGCAUGCUUCAUCCUCCAAGGUUACGAAUUUGAGUGAUGCACUCAUGUCCCUCACCAGCACUAUUAUAUGCAGAAUUGCCUUCGGGAGAAGGUAUGAAGAUGAAGGAAUUGAAAGGAGUAAGUUCCAUGGGCUACUGAAUGAGUGUCAAGCCAUGAUGGGCAUGUUUUUCUUCUCAGAUUAUAUUCCUUUCUUGGGUUGGAUUGAUAGAAUCACAGGACUGCGUGCUCGUCUUGAACAAAAUUUCAAGGAGUUGGAUACCUUCUACCAAGAAGUGAUUGAUGAACACAUGGAUCCUAAUAGAAACACACCAGAGAACGAAGAUUUGAUUGAUGUCUUACUUCAACUCAAAAAGCAACGUUCGUUUUCUGUAGAUCUCGAAAACGAUCAUAUCAAAGCUGUGUUCAUGAAUGUGCUUGUAGGAGCAACUGAUACAACUGCUGCUACAACCAUAUGGGCUAUGACCUUGCUAUUAAAAAAUCCCAGAGUAAUGAAGAAAGUUCAAGAAGAAAUUAGGAAUUUGGCGGGUGAAAAAGAUUUUCUAUCUGAAGAUGAUGUUCAAAAGCUUCCCUAUUUUAAGGCGGUGAUAAAAGAGACAUUGAGAUUGCAUCUACCAGCGCCCCUUCUUGUGCCAAGAGAAACAAAUGAAGCAUGUAACUUAGAAGGCUAUGUAAUUCCAGCCAAGACAAUAGUGUAUGUGAAUGGUUGGGCUAUCCAUAGAGACCCUAACAAUUGGAAAGACCCAGAUGAGUUUUUACCAGAGAGGUUUUUAGGUAAUACAAUAGAUUUUCGAGGGCAAGAUUUUGAGUUCAUUCCAUUUGGUGCUGGACGUAGAAUUUGCCCUGGUAUAAUUAUGGCAAUUGCUUCAUUGGAUAUUAUUUUGGCUAAUCUUCUCAUGUCAUUUGAUUGGGAAUUACCAGCCGGAAUGACAAAGGAAGAUAUUGAUACUGAUGUAUUGCCUGGAAUUACUCAACACAAGAAGAAUCCUCUAUGUGUUUUGGCUAAGUUUCGAGUCUAAAAGUUUGAUUAAUAAAAAUGUGUAAUAUUGUGUUUUGUUGUUGUUUGGUGUCUUUAGUUCCAUGGAGGUAAUAUUGUGUUCGUAAAUGAUGUCAUAUCCCUAUUCCAAAAUAUGUUCUUUUAUUGUAUAAUUAAAUUUAGACAUUGAUUGUUGUUGUACUGUGAGAUGAGAAACAUGCCCUUCUUUGUAUGAAUGGGACAACAAAGUUAAUUGUAUUAAUAAUGAUAGCUUCAC